AUGUCUGACGAAAUGUUCGGGACGAAAAGACAGAUGGAACCCGUCAUCCACCGAGCGAGCGAGUCAGUUCCUCAGAGUCGAGCUCCUGAAGCGUCUCGCAGCGAGCGAGCGAGUCAGUUCCUCAGAGUCGAGCUCCUGAAGAGCCGUCUCGCAGCGAGCGAGCGACGAGCGAGCGAGUCAGUUCCUCAGAGUCGAGCUCCUGAAGAGCCGUCCCGCAGCGAGCGAGCGAGUCAGUUCCUCAGAGUCGAGCUCCUGAAGAGCCGUCUCGCAGCGAGCGAGCGACGAGCGAGCGAGUCAGUUCCUCAGAGUCGAGCUCCUGAAGAGCCGUCUCGCAGCGAGCGAGCGAGUCAGUUCCUCAGAGUCGAGCUCCUGAAGAGCCGUCCCGCAGCGAGCGAGCGACGAGCGAGCGAGUCAGUUCCUCAGAGUCGAGCUCCUGAAGAGCCGUCUCGCAGCGAGCGAGCGAGUCAGUUCCUCAGAGUCGAGCUCAUGAAGAGCCGUCUCGCAGCAAGCGAGCGACGAGCGAGCGAGUCAGUUCCUCAGAGUCGAGCUCCUGAAGCGUCUCGCAGCAAGCGAGCGAGUCAGUUCCUCAGAGUCGAGCUCCUGAAGAGCCGUCUCGCAGCAAGCGAGCGAGACAGUUCCUCAGAGUCGAGCUCCUAUAGCGUCUCGCAGCAAGCGAGCGAGUCAGUUCCUCAGAGUCGAGCUCAUGAAGAGCCGUCUCGCAGCAAGCGAGCGAGACAGUUCCUCAGAGUCGAGCUCCUGAAGAGCCGUCUCGCAGCAAGCGAGCGACAAGCGAGCGAGACAGUUCCUCAGAGUCGAGCUCCUGAAGAGCCGUCUCGCAGCGAGCGAGCGAGUCAGUUCCUCAGAGUCGAGCUCAUGAAGAGCCGUCUCGCAGCGAGCGAGCGACAAGCGAGCGAGUCAGUUCCUCAGAGUCGAGCUCCUGAAGAGCCGUCUCGCAGCAAGCGAGCGAGUCAGUUCCUCAGAGUCGAGCUCCUGAAGAGCCGUCUCGCAGCAAGCGAGCGAGCUUCCCGUGCCACGAGGGUGGAGGCAGGCAGCCACGGAGCGAAGUGGCGCGCAGACAGCCCGCGGCGGGGCUCUGUGGGCUCAAGGUUGCGAGCGCCGCCGCAGAGCAGCGCUGCGGGCGCCUGA